GACAACAAUACGAAUGUAUGUAAUGGCGAUGUGAUGUUGAAUUUAAUGAGAAAGUUUUAAAACUAAUCAUCACACAUAGUUUCGUCAUUAUAAUCUAAUUAGAUUGUUACAUUUUCUAAUCUUAUUAUUUAAAAGCAAACUUCUCAAUCGAAAUGGCCGUCGAAGCUGUUCAAAUAUUGAGACGAAAUCGACCCGGUUCGAAAGCUAAGGACUUUUGUCGCUGGCCAGAUGAACCAUUUGAAGAAAUGGAUAGCACUCUCGCAGUCCAACAGUUUAUACAACAAACUAUAAGACGCGAUCCCUCCAAUCUUGAAGCUAUUCUGAAGAUGCCUGAAGCACAAGAUGAAGGGGUUUGGAAAUACGAACAUUUAAGGCAGUUCUGUAUGGAGCUAAAUGGUUUAGCUGUAAAAUUACAAGCUGAUUGUAAGCCAGAGACCUGUACACAAAUGACUGCUACUGAGCAAUGGAUUUUUCUGUGUGCUGCACAUAAAACUCCAAAAGAAUGCCCAGCUAUUGACUACACAAGACACACCCUUGAUGGAGCUGCUUGCUUGCUCAACAGCAACAAAUACUUCCCUAGCAGGGUAAGCAUUAAGGAAUCGUCAGUAGCUAAGCUCGGUUCAGUCUGCAGGCGUGUCUACAGAAUAUUUUCUCAUGCCUACUUCCAUCACAGGGCAAUAUUUGAUGCCUUUGAGAAAGAAACUCACUUGUGCAAGAGAUUCACUUAUUUUGUGACUAAAUACUCAAUUAUUUCAAAGGAGAUUCUGAUCCUGCCUAAGCUGGACGAUGAAACACCUGUGGGUGGUGAAUCAGAAGCCUGAGGGUUAAAGAAAUAAUUUAGUUCUUUAUCAGGAACUAAAUUUGAAGACUUUACUGUUUUGUUCACAUUGUUGUGACAAUAACUAAAGUUUUUGUGUGACCCAGUAAUAAGGCCAUGCCUCUAAAAUUCCUGUAUGUGUAGUAUGUACUCUACUGUAUUUUACAAUUUAAGUCGUUAAAUCAGUUGUUGUGACCAGAAAAUAUCUUAACAUUAGAUGUUGAUAAUAUUAUGCAAUCUGCAAUAAUCAAGCUUAUGUUUUAAAAGUGUACUUUUUUCAUUAUUCAACAUUAUAUAGAAAUUAAAAGUUGGA